AUGGUAGCGUGGCUCAAUGGUGGUAAUUUUAAGGUGGCACAGAAUGCCCUAGAGGUGCUGACGGCGUUGGCGGAGCGCAUGGGACCGGAGUUCUCACACUACGUGCCCACCGUGCUGCCGCAUGUUAUUGACAGACUAGCAGAUACGAAGGAGGCAGUGCGUCACACGGCCCGGACGUGCGUGUCGUCGCUGGGCACGUCCCGCGCGGCGCAGGCCCGCGGCCUGCUGGCUCGCCUGGCGCCCGCGCUCGCGCACAAAGCUCCCCACGCCAGGGAGGAGGCGCUGCGCUGUAUACAGGCCUUGCUGGAGAACCACGGUGCGACCGAGCUCCAGUUGCGCGCGGCAGUGCCCAACCUGGCGGCGCUGGUGGGGGACCCCAGCGCGGCCGUCAGGGACGCCGCCAUGCAACUACUCGUCGACGUCUACAGACAUGUUGGUGAGAGACUAAGACAAGACUUGAAGAAGAAAGAGUUGCUGCCCGCACAGAAGUUCGCGCUGCUGGAACAGAAGUUUGACGAGGCUAGGGAAGCUGGACUUCUACUACCCACUGCGGGAGCGGACGAACCAGACUUCAUAUCCCGGACGGUGAAACGUACAAUGACGAUACCAACAUCAGCGCGGUCCCGAGACGGUGACAGCUCCGGAGCUUCCACGCCAGUAUCGACGACGACGGGCGCGGGCCCGGCGGGCGAGUCGGGCGCGGGCGCGGUGUCGUCGGAGGCGUUCGAGGCAGCCUUCCUGUCGUCGGCGCCGGCCGCCGUGUACGGCCCGCGCGGCCUCGACGACCUCUGUCGCCACGCCGCCGCGCUGCUCGGCGACCGCGCCGCCGACUGGGAGAAGAGGGUCGACGCUCUAAAAAAGAUCCGCUCCCUCCUGACUGCCAACGCCCACCAGCAGUACCCGACAGAGUUCGCGGCACAUCUCAAGGACCUGUCCGUACCAUUCCUCGUCGUCAUCAAGGAUCUCAGGAGUCAGGUAGUACGCGAGGCGUGUAUAACGAUAGCGCACAUGGCCAAAGUACUGCGCAACAAGAUCGACCAGUUCAGUCUCUACAUACUGCAAGAGCUCAUCAAUCUCAUACAGAAUGCUGCCAAGGUGGUGUCGUCCGCGGGCACGGUGUGCGUGCGGUACGUGGUGACGUACGUGCACUCGCCGCGUCUGCUGCCCGUCAUCGUCACCAACCUCACCACCAACAAGUCCAAGGAGAUCCGCUCCACGCUCAGUGAGGUCCUAGUACUAAUGUUGGAGAAAUGGCCGGCCACGACGAUAGAGAAGCAGCAGGCCGCAGUGCGGGACGCGAUCCGCCGGGCCUGCGUCGACGCGGACAGUGGCUGCCGGACGUACGGACGGAGAGCGUACGCGGCGUACAAGCGUCACUUCCCCGACGACGCGGAGCAGUUGUUCGCUCGCCUGGACUCCGCCGCGCAGAAACAGAUCGAGCGGGAGCGGAACAUCGGCAGUCUGGACAGUCUGCAUCAUGUCGGCACUGAAAGAAGAGUUAUAACAAGUCCUAGAAGUCCAUCGGCGAGUGUAUCAGCGGAGCGCGCCCCGGGCGGGGUGACGGCGCGCUCGGUGUCCGCGCUGGACGCGGCGGCCGCGCAGCGAGCGCGCGCGCGGGCACUCUACUCGCACAUGGGCCGCAACAAGGUGCCGCCCACCGCCAGCCUGCGAGACAUAUCACAACCAGCGCGUGCAAAACGUUCGCCAGUAGCGGCUAGCGGAGUGCCGCCCAGUCCGGAACGGUCCGUCGGCCGGUCUCGGUCCAGACCCGGCGUCUCACAGUCACAACCGACAUCGCGAUCCUCGUCCCCAUCAUCCCGCAGUAGUGGCCCGCUGUCCCUGGCGAGCGCUCGACGUCGUCCGUCUGGUAUACCGCGCUCACUGGCUGGGUCUAGGGAGACCAGCCCUACCAGGAGUGGCAGGUCCAGCAGCGUGGCGGGCGCAGGCGUGCGACGUCGCGAGUCCAUGGAGCGCACCGCGCCCAGCCGCGCGCCCGCCGCCACGCUGCGUCUACUGCAGCAGACCAGGGACGCAGAGGCACUGCUCCGGGUACGCACAUACUUACUUUAUUACUUUACCACGCUGCGCCUGCUGCAGCAGACCAGGGACGCAGAGGCACUGCUCCGGGUACGCACAUACUUACUUUAUUACUUUACCACGCUGCGCCUGCUGCAGCAGACCAGGGACGCAGAGGCACUGCUCCGGGUACGCACAUACUUACUUUAUUACUUUACCACGCUGCGCCUGCUGCAGCAGACCAGGGACGCAGAGGCACUGCUCCGGGUACGCACAUACUUACUUUAUUACUUUACCACGCUGCGCCUGCUGCAGCAGACCAGGGACGCAGAGGCACUGCUCCGGGUACGCACAUACUUACUUUAUUACUUUACCACGCUGCGCCUGCUGCAGCAGACCAGGGACGCAGAGGCACUGCUCCGGAGUCCGGAAGACAGUUCAGCCUGCGAGGGAGGUCGUGGUCGGGACGAUGACUCCGAGGCUUCCAGCGUCUGUUCAGAACGUAGCCUCGACUCUUAUAGGAGACAUGAUUCAGUAUCAUGGUCCGGCUCCGCGUCUCGCCUCGGCUGGGAGUGUGGGUCCCCUCCCCCUCCCCCUCCGCCGGACGACAUCAUCGCGCUCUGCGCCUGUACGCACUGGACUGAACGGAAGGAUGGACUUACGCAUUUGGCCAACUACCUGAACAGCGGGCGCCUGCUGACAGACGAGCAGCUGCGUCGCCUGACGGACUUGUUGAACAAGAUGUUCGUGGACGCACACACCAAGGUCUUCUCGCUGCUGCUGGACGCCGUCUGCGAGCUCUUGCUGGUCCACUGGCAGCAGCUCAAGGACUGGCUUUAUCAACUAAUGUUCAGACUCCUAAUGAAGCUAGGCACGGAUAUCCUCGGCUCCGUGCAGAGUAAGAUCAUGAAGACAUUGGACGUCAUACACGAGUGCUUCCCCGCCGAGCUACAACUGCACAAUAUAUUCAGGUUCCUAGCAGAUGGCGCGACAGCCCCGACCCCCAAAACGAAGGCGGCCGCGCUCCGGUUCCUGGCUGACCUGGCUCACGAUUACUGCACUCCUAACAGUCUCGCACUAGCUUUGCAUGGCGGCGCGACGGGCGUGGCAGGCCGUGCGCUAGUGAAGGUGUCGUCGCUGGCGGGCGACCCGCGCGCCGCCGACGUCCGCGUCAGUGCGCGCCGGGCACUCGCCUCGCUCUACGACUGUAACCCAGUACCCUUCACGGCGCUUAUGAGCGAGUUACCAGCAGAGACGCAGGCGCUAGUCAAUGGAGUAGUACAACAACAUGUACGGAGGACGUCAAGCACAGGCUCGGACAGCCCGCUGCGGUCUGCGAGCGGCGCGGGCGCGGGCGCGGGCGCGGCGGCCGACGACGUGUACUCGCGCAUCCGGAAGACUACCUCCGAGAUACAUUCCUACACCGCGCAGCACAGCAACGCGGACUGCGGUAACCACAUGUCGAGCAAGGACUCGGGUAUCAGCCAGAUGUCUGACGUCACGCUCUCUAACAAGGGACACAAUGGAGUGCCCAAUGGACAUUACAGCGCUGAGACGUUAAACCGCGCGGCGUCAGCAGACAGUUCUGAGGAGGCGAACAGUACGAAGGAGUCCUCGCCAGUACCCGCACAUCACAGACUCGACUUCCAUACCCACGGGGAGUUCAACUCUAGUCAGCUGGGACGCGACAAGAUCCGCCCGUACGAGACCGACGAGAACGGAUACAUUAUUACUAAAUCGGGCCUGCGCGAGCCGGAGGUCCUGGAGGCGCUGUGCAAGCUGGACGUCGGCGCCGCGCCGCCCGAGCACUGGGAGCGACUACUGCUGGCCACCCACGAACUGCUCAAGUACGGCGACUGCAGGAAGCCCGCCGAGUACUUCAAGAACAUAGUACGAGUGGCGCUAGCGGCGUUGUCUAUAGAUGAGAAUUCAGGAGACAAAGAAAAUACUGAAAACGCGAGCAACGCGCAGCAGACUUCAGGUUGGGGCACAGCAAACGAGCGUGCAGCGGCGGAAGCUGUAAAGGUCUUGAUCUGGCUCUGUAGGAGACCAGAGACCAGGCCUCAGUGGCAGGACUACUUCGACCUCAUACUCCUCAAGUUGAUACAUGCGUACGAGAGCCUCAACAAAGAAGUCAUGAGGGCCGUGGAGGCUGGGAUGCCGCAUAUUGCGAAUGCUUUACCAGCUCAACAGGUGCUGGCGCUACUGAAGCCGGUGAUCCGCACGCGCGGGUACCCGACGUCGCUGUGCGCGCUGAAGCUGGCGGCCGAGGUGGCCAAGGCGCGCCCCCACGAACUGGCAGACGACACCGUGCAGCAGCUCAUGGAGGGCGUCGGACAGUUGGCGGACCACCAAAACAGCGCGGUGCGUAAAGCGGCAGUGUUCUGUAUGGUCGCCUUCACAUUCGCGCUCGGCGAGGAACGGAUGCAGCCACAUCUCAAACAUCUCUCCGUCAGCAAGUACAGGCUGCUACAGGUGUACAUCAGCAAGCAGCGCGAGGAGUACCCCCGCGGGGGCGGCGCCCCCCCUCCCCCCACGUAG